AUGAGUCUAAAAUAAAGAUAAGAAUUGGCUGACAAACUUGAAAACCCAGAACUAUAUGAGCCAAUGAAUCUUUACCUUGAAGAUACUUUUAAGGAAUAUGUCAAGGAAAAGUAUUUCGUUGAGAAUACAGAGGUACUUGCUAAUCCAACAAUUAUGCAAAUGCUAUACGCCCUAGAAUGGUAUGAUAUUCCUCGAUCAGCUUACACAGAACUCAUAGAAUUCCACCCGUAUUUAACUAGAGGGGAUGAUGAGAAAUUGUUUUAUAUCAAAUGGUAGCAUAGAGUAGAGAAUUUCAUUAGCUUCUCACUGUUUUCUUUAAUUACAAACAGACUAUUACUAAAUAAAACUUAGAUUUUCUAAAGAAGAUUAUUCAGAUUACCUGGUGUUUUAGGUGUUAGUGGACUCCUGACUUAUACUUUCAAUGUAGCUAUUCUUAGGCCUAUUUUCUUGAAUGAGCUUGAAUAGAUGGGAUUGUCUGAAAAAUACUUUUUCCUCGACCUUAAUGCAGAUUUGAUGAAAGAAGAUUUAGAACAGUUUGGGUUUAAAAUUGAUGCCAAGCAUUUUGAUUUACAAUAGACAGAAAUGAGAAUGCAGGAAUAGGAACUGAGAAAUGAGUCUGGCUAGACUAAAUGA